UCGAAAACAAGUCGGUUGUUUUUUCGCUGGCGGAAGAGUAAAUUCUUCUCGCGCGUGGUUGUUUUUGUUGUUUGCGUGGCUUUGUGUUUAUAACAAUAACAACAAGUGAUUAUUACUCGAAGACAAGUUGUGUUCAAGUGGCUAAGCAUAUGGCCGAAACGUAGGGACCCUUUUUUUGGCCCGAAACUCGAGACUUCCUUUGGUGUUACUUCAUUGUGGGGGAUUUGUUUUGGCCACCUCCCAGUUCUCCCAAAAUGGUUCGGUGGAGCGCGCGGUCGCGACGUCAGGCUCGGCAGGAUAAAGUGGAGCUCUUGGCUAGCAACAACAAAGUGAAUGGCGAGGACGAUACGUCCGAUAACGCCGCCUACCGCAACUCGACGGACCUAUCCGACCACGAUGAGAUUUUCCUCAAGGGAUUAUUGCGUAGUAAUCCCAAUACGCCCCACAAGGAACUGAUGCUGAAUUCGACCGAGCCGCAGCCAGUGCCAUUAUUCCUGCCCGCUCAUCUGAACAACAAGCCGAUCUGCGACGACAUUAUCCGCAAGUUCUCACCCUCGAGGCGUCUGGAGUCGCGAGAGCUCGCCAAGCUUCUCGCCCAACCGCAUUUUCGUGCCCUUUUGCGUGCCCAUGAUGAGAUAGGAGCACUCUACGAGCAACGACUGAAAGCUGCCGGCGGAUCCACCACUCUACUAGAGAUCGCCAGUCAACGCCAAUCGGGUGGCUACCUGUUCACCGAGGACAUUCUCAGCACCAAGAUGCCCGUGGAGACCAUCAAGAUGGUGGGUCUGCGCCGAGAUCCCAGCAAGCCCCUCGGCCUGACCGUCGAACUGGAUGAGUUCAAGCAAUUAGUAGUGGCCAGGAUUCUGGCAGGCGGGGUGAUCGAUAAACAGAGCAUGCUGCAUGUGGGCGAUGUCAUCCUGGAGGUGAACGGCACCCCGGUUCGCACCCCCGAUGAGCUGCAGGUGGAGGUGUCGCGGGCCAAGGAGAAUCUCACCCUGAAGAUCGGACCCAAUGUGGACGAGGAGAUCAAGAGCGGUCGCUACACUGUGAGUGGGGGUCAGGUAAAACAGAAUGGCAUCGCGGGUCUCGAGACGGGCAAGAAACUGACGUGCUAUAUGCGUGCGCUGUUCACAUACAAUCCCUCGGAGGAUUCAUUGCUGCCAUGCAGGGACAUUGGACUGCCCUUCAAAUCGGGUGAUAUCUUGCAGAUCAUCAAUGUCAAAGAUCCCAACUGGUGGCAGGCCAAGAAUAUUACUGCCGAAUCGGAAAAAAUUGGUCUUAUACCAUCCCAAGAGUUGGAGGAGCGACGCAAAGCUUUUGUGGCCCCCGAAGCGGAUUAUGUUCACAAAAUUGGCAUUUGCGGGACAAGGAUCUCGAAGCGAAAGCGCAAGACCAUGUACCGAUCGGUGGCCAAUUGUGAGUUCGACAAGGCGGAAUUGCUACUUUAUGAGGAGGUCACCCGGAUGCCGCCCUUCCGCAGGAAAACCCUGGUCCUCAUUGGCGUUUCUGGAGUGGGAAGGCGUACGCUUAAGAAUCGCCUGAUCAACAGCGAUGUGGACAAGUUCGGAGCUGUUAUUCCACAUACCAGUCGUCCCAAGCGCGCCUUGGAGGAGAACGGAACGAGCUAUUGGUUCAUGGACCGCGAGGAAAUGGACGAGGCCGUGAGGAACAACGAGUUUCUGGAGUAUGGCGAGCACAAUGGCAACCUGUACGGCACCCACUUGCAGUCCAUCAAGGAUGUGAUCAAUAGUGGGCGCAUGUGCAUCCUGGACUGUGCACCGAAUGCGCUGAAGAUCCUGCACAAUAGCCAGGAACUGAUGCCAUUCGUUAUCUUUGUGGCAGCACCGGGCAUGGAACAGCUCAAGACCAUCUAUGCAGAUCGCCGGGCCACGGGCUCCAAUAGGAAUCUAUCUUUUGAUCGCCAGAGUUCCAUAAGAUUCAGCUCCAGACGCGCCCGAACGCUCGAGUCCCUAGCAUCGUUGUAUGAGGACGACGAUCUGGUCGCCACCGUCGAGGAGAGCAGCUUUGUCCAGCGGAAAUACGAAAAGUACUUCGACAUGGUCAUCGUGAACGAGGACUUCGAUGAGACGUUCCGUCAGGUGGUGGAAACUCUGGACCAGAUGAGCCACGAGGAGCAGUGGGUGCCUGUCAAUUGGAUCUACUAAAAACGAAACUUUACACAUAAGCUAUUGCAACUUCGCAUUCUUGCAUAUAGAGAAAAUAUAUACAGCUAAAAUCUAUUGCCUAUCAUCACAGCAAAAGGGAUUAUUCCAGUAAUUGAAGCUUAAAUCGCAGCACAAUUUAAAUCUUACGAAAAGCAUAUAAAACUAAAAUUAUCAAUACUGCUUCCUGUUGAUUAAAGUCUUUUUGUCAAGAAGGUGCUGUGUCUUGAAUAUGAAAUCUGUUAAUUCCCACAUCAAUUACUGUUAUUUUCCUCUUUAAAUAUCAAUUAUGUAUAUAUGCAAUGUUUUGUAUAAUUUGAAAUGCGCCCUCCGUUUACAAUUCAGUUUUCCUUAAGCCUAAGUCUAAUUUUACGAAACGAAUUCGUCCAUUUUACAAUCUCUUAUUGUUUUAUUUAUACGAACAUAUACAUUUAUGUCGACGCAUAUCUCUUCAGUUUAUUAUUUUAACGAAUCUCCUCAGUACAAUCCUUUCUGCCAAUAUUUCUAGUAGUUUUUAGACUUGUUUGAAUAAAAUGUAUAAGUUUAACGAACUAGUUGAAUAUCGAUGUGAAGUAAAACAAAUAAAAUACGAAUAAAUUUGGCUCAAAGAAAUGGU